AUGGGUGGUGUCACCGUUCGCGAUGUGGACGCGCAGAAGUUCAUUGGCGCUUACUCUGCGUUCUUGAAGCGUCAGGGCAAGCUCCCCAUCCCUGGAUGGGUUGACACUGUCAAGACCUCCGCUUCCAACGAGCUCCCUCCCCAGGACGCCGACUGGUACUACAUCCGCGCCGCCGCCGUCGCCCGCCACAUCUACAUGCGCAAGACCGUCGGUGUCGGCCGCUUCCGCAAGAUCCACGGCUCGACCAAGAACCGUGGCGCUCGCCCCGCCCACCACGUUGAUGCCUCCGGCUCCGUCGACCGUAAGGUCAUGCAGUCCCUCGAGAAGAUCGGUGUCCUCGAGGUCGAUGAGGACAAGGGUGGCCGUCGCAUCACCCAGAGCGGCCAGCGGGAUCUUGACCGUAUCGCCAAGACCACCGUUGACGAGGAGGAGUCGGACGAGGAGUAA